GUGGUAGCCCACCGCGGCGCGUUCGCGAGUCGUUGGGCUCCAGUAGCGCUUACACGGGAGCCUGAUAGGUAUAAUUUAGUUUGUGCGAAAAAGUUAAAUUUUCGCUGCCCGUCGGUCCAGCACUUCAGUCACCAACCGAACGUUGAGACGGAAACAUCGUGAGAAAUUCGCGGCCCCCAUAGAAGUGAGAAAUAUAAACGGAUAGUGCCAAGUGAUCGUAUACCAACCGCUGCAUAGUUACUUACAAGAAAAAGAGGCAUUUCAAAUAUCUGAAGGAAAAUUGACAAAGUGUAUCUCUAGAUAGCAAUUACGGGCAUCACUGUUGCAAUUGUAACCUUGUGCCUUAUAUAGCGCCACGCUGCAACUAAGCUCAAUACUGUGUGAUAUAAUAGUUAGUUCCGAGGAAGUCGGUUACAGGUUUCAAGAAAGAUAAAAAAAGUGGUGUGAAGAGGAAAAUCUGCACAAGCAUACAGAAGAACGUACCAUAAGCACGAGGGAAAAACCUGGACAUAAAUCAAACCAUUAACUGAAGAAGGAGAGAAGCACCAUCAUCACCACAACAGCGCACAAUAAAUAUCAAUAAAAACAACACGAACGGUAUUCGCCAUUCUUGUUUUUCUGUUACCGUACUGCAAAACUCCUAGCGCAGGACUACCACAUAAAAACAAUCAUGACGUCAGUGAUGCUUAUCGAGGACGCCGCUAACAACAACAACAGCAAUAAAAUCGCCAAUAAUGAGCUGGCCAGCGACCAUUACCUCCGCGAGCUCACCAAGACAUUCACCGGGAUCGAGAAACCACUGAAGAACGCUCCGACUUGCGCGACGCUAACGGACCUUAUCAGCGCUUUGCACGAAGCCUUCGCCUCCGACCGCGUCAACAUCGAGUUUGUAAAUCAUCUCAUGCUCAGCUAUCAGUCCAACCCCUCCGAAUGGCGAAAGUUUGCCAAGUUCGACCGUUUCAGGUACACGCGCAAUCUAGUUGAUGCUGGCAAUGGCAAAUUCAACCUGAUGAUCCUUUGUUGGAACGAAGGCCAUGCUUCGGCCAUCCACGACCACGCCGACUCACACUGCUUCAUGAAGAUGCUCAAGGGACAACUGACCGAGGUGCGUUUCGCGUGGCCCAAGGACAAGACGGUCAACGAAGACUGCAAGGCCGACAUUGGGAACAGCAAUGGAUCGGGGGAAAUCGAGUACGAUGGCGAGGAACUGGAGGAAACCUCCCGGUCCACCAUGGAGACCAAUGGAGUGUGCUACAUCAACGAUAACCUUGGGCUUCACCGGGUUGAAAACCCUAGCCACUCGGAUGUUGCUGUUUCGCUGCAUUUGUACUGUCCGCCGUUCGACACGUGCUCCAUUUUCAACAAGCAGACUGGCAAACGGACCAAAUGUAAGGUCACAUUCUGGAGCAAAUACGGCAAGCGAGAAACCCAGGACAACUGAAAACACUAGGGCAAGGUACGCUCAAACCAGUAACCAAGCGACUGUGAAAAGCUUCAAAAGCAUGGAAACGUAAGAGUGAGAUAGUUGAAUGGGAGUUGAGACCACAUUCAAGCAUUCAAUUGCGAUUUUAGAUUUCUUAGGAUUUAAAGAAUGAAAAUUUACCUAAUCUGGUAAUUUACAUAUUGUAACGUCAAACCGUUUAUUAUAAUUGUUAUUACAUUUUACAACUGCAUUUAAUUAUAUUUUAUUAUAAUAAAUCUGAUAAAUAAUCAA